GCCCCGAUGUACAGCAUGAUGAUGGAGACCGACCUGCACUCGCCCGGCGGCGCCCCGGCGCCCACGAACCUGUCGGGCCCGGCCGGGGCGGGCGGUGGCGGCGGCGGGGGCGGCGGCGGCGGCGGCGGGGGCGCCAAGGCCAGCCAGGACCGGGUCAAGCGGCCCAUGAACGCCUUCAUGGUGUGGUCCCGCGGACAGCGGCGCAAGAUGGCCCAGGAGAACCCCAAGAUGCACAACUCGGAGAUCAGCAAGCGGCUGGGCGCCGAGUGGAAGGUCAUGUCCGAGGCCGAGAAGCGGCCCUUCAUCGACGAGGCCAAGCGUCUGCGCGCGCUGCACAUGAAAGAGCACCCGGAUUACAAGUACCGGCCGCGCCGCAAGACCAAGACCCUGCUCAAGAAAGACAAGUACUCGCUGGCCGGCGGGCUGCUGGCGGCCGGCGCGGGCGGCGGCGGCGCGGCCGUGGCCAUGGGCGUGGGCGUGGGCGCGGCGGCCGUGGGCCAGCGCCUGGAGAGCCCGGGCGGCGCGGCGGGCGGCGGCUACGCGCACGUCAACGGCUGGGCCAACGGCGCUUACCCGGGCUCGGUGGCGGCGGCCGCCGCGGCCGCGGCCAUGAUGCAAGAAGCGCAGCUGGCCUACGGGCAGCACCCGGGCGCGGGCGGCGCGCACCCGCACGCGCACCCCGCGCACCCGCACCCGCACCACCCGCACGCGCACCCGCACAACCCGCAGCCCAUGCACCGCUACGACAUGGGCGCGCUGCAGUACAGCCCCAUCUCCAACUCGCAGGGCUACGUGAGCGCGUCGCCCUCGGGCUACGGCGGCCUCCCCUACGGCGCCGCGGGCGGCGCGCACCAGACCUCGGCCGUGGCGGCGGCGGCGGCGGCGGCGGCGGCCGCGUCGUCGGGCGCCCUGGGAGCGCUCGGCUCGCUCGUCAAGUCAGAGCCGAGCGGCAGCCCGCCGGCCCCGGCGCACUCGCGGGCGCCGUGCCCUGGGGACCUGCGAGAGAUGAUCAGCAUGUACUUGCCGGCCGGCGAGGGCGGCGACCCGGCGGCCGCGGCGCAGAGCCGGCUGCACUCGCUGCCGCAGCACUACCAGGGCGCGGGCGCGGGCGUCAACGGCACGGUGCCCCUGACGCACAUCUAGCGCCCGCGGGGCGGCCUGGCCACGUCCCGCCGCCUCCGCGCUCCUGGCACAGCGCGCGCCUGCCCCGCGGCUCCCGGGGCGCCGCGCGGGGCCUGCGUUCGGAUGGAACUUGGGGGUUUUCUUGAGACUUUUUGUACAGUAUUUAUCGUUCUCUGCGGAGGAGGAGGAGACAGAGUGCGCUCUCUUCGCUCCAGGGGACAAAGACAAAACCGAUGGCGCCCUUCGUGUCCCCGCCUCAUGCCGACGCCGCAGCCUGCCGUCCCCUCCGGGGCCGCGGAGCCAGGCCGAGCCGGGCCUGACGCGGUCCUGUCGUCGCCCCAGCGCUCUCGGGCCGGUUUGUUAAUUUAUACACAGAUUUUGCCCACCCACCCCCUCCUCGGACGGCGGCGCCACUCUGGGUUUUGUACCACUUUCUGUAUCUGCGCAUAGCCAGUUUUUGGUUUUGUACCAUUUCUUGUCCAUGCGUUGUGAGUUUCUUUAAAUUUUAUUUUAUUUUAUGUUAGGCGUUGCUGUGUGGGGAGGAGAAAUCAGAUUAUGUACAUAGUUUCCUAAAAAAAAAAAAAGCCUUUCUUCCAAAACCGAAAUGGAACCCGCCCCCUAAAAGUGCAUCGAGUUUUGAUUCAAUAAAUUUGAGAGAAAGCCCGUUUCACCCCAUGAAUCGAAAA